AUGGCUGCUAAGAGCUUCUCCUCGCGGCUCAGGGGCUCGCGGCAGUUUCUGAAUGGCUUCUUGGCCGGGGCUGUAGUGGGCGCCGCGGGAGCAGGGCUGACGGCGCUGCAGUUCCUCCAGCGCCGGGACGCGGGAUCUGCGUGGCCGGCGAGGCAGCCGCACGAAUCUGCAGAAAAAGUUGUCUUGGAGCAGUUUGGAGUCCCUUUGACUGGCACAGAGACGAGGCGUUACACUAACCAUGCCUUGUCUUAUGAUCAGGCAAAACGGGUGCCCAGAUGGGUUCUUGAACACAUAUCCAAGGACAAAAUCAUAGGUGAUGCGGACAGACAACACUGUAAAUUCAAGCCUGACCCCAGCGUCCCUCCAGCCUUCAGUGCUCUCAAUGAGGACUAUGUUGGAAGUGGCUGGUCACGAGGACACAUGGCCCCGGCAGGGAAUAACAAGUUUUCCAGUGAAGCCAUGGCAGAAACCUUUUACCUUUCUAAUAUUGUGCCUCAGAAUUUUGAUAAUAAUUCUGGCUAUUGGAAUAGAAUAGAGAUGUAUUGUCGUGAGCUGACGGAGAGGUUUGAAGAUGUUUGGAUAGUAUCAGGACCUUUAACCUUACCUCACACUGGAAGUGACGGAACGAAAACAGUUAGUUACCAGGUGAUCGGUGAGGACAAUGUGGCAGUCCCCUCACACCUUUACAAGGUGAUCCUGGCUCGCAGAAGCCCGGAAUCGACUGAACCGCUGGCACUUGGGGCCUUUGUGGUGCCAAAUAAAGCCAUUGGGUUCCAGGCCCAGUUACCUGAGUUCCAGGUGAGCCUCCAGGCCCUGGAGAAGAUGGCAGGCCUGGUGUUUUUCCCCCAUCUGGAUAGAACCAGGGACAUCCAGAACAUCUGCUCUGUGGACACAUGCAAGCUCUUGGGUUUCCAGGAGUUCACUCUGUAUCUGAGCACCAGGAAGAUUGACGGAGCCCGGUCUGUGGCCAGACUGGAGAAGGUCCUGGAAACUUUGAAGAACUCAGGGGUGGAGCCUGACGAAUACUUCCUGAGUCGCUAUGGGAAGAAACUAGAGGAACUGAAAGCUAAGGAGCAGACAGACACCCAGCUGGAGAAGCCGUCCUAGUGCUUGCUUGUCUGCGUGUGCACUGACCUGUGAUGGAUGAGCAGGUGUGCGUCUCCAGGCACAUGUGUUUUAGCAGAUUUAUUUUCAAGAAAUGAUGGAAUCCUGACUAAAAAUCCCUUUGAAGACUCACUAGCUCAAAACUCAGUGGUGUUUUCUUUCGCUAGGGUGAGCUGGCUGAGAUGGCUUUUAGAAUCUCUCUCCUCCUGUCCAAAUACGUUAUGAUUUACCCCGUCGCUUC